CAGCGCCCAAAUCUCACCCGACCCGACCCAACUCUGGUCUUAACUCCGACGCCCGAACUCCUAAACCCACCCCGUGCCCCCGCCGUCGUCGCCGCCGCCGCCGCAGCAGCAGCCUUCCUCCAAAUCCGCGCGCCUCCUCCGGCCAUGGCCACAGCCAGCGACGGCAGCGGCAGCGGCGGCGAGCAGCGGCGCCUCCUCUCCAUCCCCAAGGAGGGCGAGCGCAUCAUCGCGCCGACGCGCCGCCCCGACGGCACGCUCCGCAAGGCCAUCCGCAUCCGCGCCGGCUACGUCCCCCAGGAGGAGGUCGCCAUCUACCAGUCCAAGGGCGCCCAGAUGAGGAAGUCGGGGCCCGACGUGCCGCCGGGCUACGACCCGGCGCUCGAUGCUAAGCCCAAGACGAAGGCGGCCAAGCGGAACGAGCGGCGUAAGGAGAAACGGCAGCAGCAGGCCAGUACAACAAAUGAUAAAGGAAAGGGCUUGCAUAUAGAGGAUGAUGCAGGAGAAACUGACAAUCCGAAGGAUGCAGUGGACAGUGUAACAAAGCAGAUAAGUGGCAUUGCUAUUUCUGAAUCUCUGGUUGUCGCAACCUCCUCCACUGAUGCUACCGACAACUCAAAAUCGGAGUCAUCUGCUCCAGACAUAGAUAAGAAAAUUCGAGCACUGAAGAAGAAGAUACGCUUAGCAGAAGCGCAAGUGCAAGGAGAUCCAGAAAAUUUGAAGCCUGAACAACUCGAGAAAAUGAAGAAGAUAGAAGGUUGGAAAGAGGAGCUGAAGCUUUUGGAGAAUAAGAGCUCUCCUGCUGCUUCCUAGACAAUGUCGACCUCAGCACUGAUGUUGAGUAGAGCCAUCAUAUAUCGAAUGCCUGCCUGCUGUGAUGUUUUGCUGAUCCAAAGUCCAAUCAGUCAUUGUCUUGCUUGUCUUAUUCCCCUCGGCCUCUGGAAAAAGCAAUCCAAUUGAUGUGGGGUUUCACACAGAGUGGUAGCUUUUUGCCACAAAUUGUUGUCUCGUGUACGUCCUCCAGUUCGAAGAUUCGUAUUGCAAAAUCUGUUUGUCGUAGACAUCGUGCAAUGAGACAACCGAUUGGAGUUGGGGUAUGUGACGGUGCCAUUGUAGCUUUGUAUAUUAUGCCAACAUUGGCAAUUCCUCUUGACACUGGAUUUACUUCUCUGCUGAUCCAGUAAUAACCGUACAAAUUUAAAGGCCACAGGCCUCAUUGCAUCGACAAAGAUGACAGGCGAGUCCAAUAUCCUGAUCCAUCUUUGAACAUUCAGCUUAUAUGGUCAUCGUGGUUUUCUUCUGGUCAUCGUGGUUUGCAAAGCAAUAGGAAACUGGCUUGUUUUGGGUUAUAUAGCUAGUAUGGCAAGUCUGCCUGUUUGGUUCUUUGUACUUCUGAUGAAAAGCUUAAGUUGGAAAUGCAUUUUAUGCUGUGAUUGAUUUC